ACCGCUUAACGGUAAAUGAACGUCAAAAAACGUUUUUCCGACAAGUUCUCGUCGCGAUUUUCCCGUUUCCAUUGAGAAUCCUGUAGAGUAGGCGAAAGAAAGGCAACAAUAUUUUGUUGUAUAUGACGGUCGGUUGCCAUGAUUGUUUCCAGCGUCACUAGAAGCAAGCGAUGUGAAAAGUUUUUUAAAUAAUGUGCGUAUUUUGGACGGUUGUCGACUGCAAAGUGGUAAUGUUGCAAUUUUAAGACAUCGUAGUAUUCGAAUGUAACGCAAAACGGGAGGACCUAAGUCAAUUUAAUUGUCCAAAUGCGUUUUAGAUUCCGUGGUUCAAUGAAAGUUCAGGUACGCCAUACUUGACAACUACCGAAAUUUCGUUGUCGUUUUAAGGGAAGUCGGUACAUGAGAGGAAUUCGAUAUUUAGUGAGUCAGAAUGGUUGUGGAUGUGCCCGUCAAGUCUCACUUUAAGAUGCAACCUGUUGGCAUGAACCCGAAGGAGCUAUCUGAAAAUGAUGAUUUGGCUACAUCUUUGGUCCUGGAUCCCCAUCUGGGGUUCCAAACACAUAAGAUGAAUAUCAGAUUCCGACCACUCAAAGCUAACACAACAGAGUUGAAAAGCAUUGUCAAGGACUUCAUUGCCAACCAGAACUAUGACAAGGCUUACAGUAGGAUUUCGAAGGGUGAAUGGAUGCCUAGGAUCAAGUCCAAAAGUCAGCAGAGGAAAUUAGAGGAACAUAUAUACCGUUAUUUACGUGUCUUCGACAAAGAAUCUGGCUUCGUGAUCGAGCCCUGCUUCCGAUACUCGUUAGAGGGUCAGAAGGGCGCCAAGAUCUCCUCCACCAAGAAAUGGUACAAGAACGACAAGAUCGAGUGUUUGGUCGGUUGUAUCGCCGAACUAACCGAGGAGGAGGAGAAACAGCUGCUGCAUCCCGGCAAGAACGAUUUCUCCGUCAUGUACAGCUGUCGCAAAAACUGCGCCCAACUGUGGCUUGGUCCCGCCGCCUACAUCAAUCACGAUUGUCGGGCCAAUUGUAAAUUUGUCGCCACAGGUAGGGACACGGCGUGCGUAAAGGUUUUAAGGGACAUCGAGGUGGGUGAAGAGAUCACGUGCUUCUAUGGGGAGGACUUUUUCGGCGAUAAGAAUUGCUAUUGCGAGUGCGAGACCUGCGAACGCCGGAAAACCGGUGCCUUCGCCAAAGAAACUGAUCCCAAAGAACUGGAGAACGGUUACAGGUUAAGGGAGACGGACAAUCGUAUCAAUCGCACGAAGCAGAAACUACAGGUAAAUGAGGGUAAAAACGGCAAGGAGAUCCAGCAGAUCGAGAAAUGCGAUCAGCGAUUGCACGAAAAUGGCAAGGUGGUGACUCCUCUUAGUAUGAAGGAGAUGCGUCAAAAGGGCCUCACGAAGUACGACGCCGAAAUGUUGAUCGCGCAGGGCUGCAAGUUUUCUGACAUCACGGACUUUAAAGGCGAGCAGCAGGAGGCAAAGGAACGCCUGACGAUGGACGGGGCAGUUCCGGCGCCGACCGUCGCCAAAUCGACGAGGACGUUGCAGGCACACACGGAGGAGACGGCUGCGACGCCCAAUGACUCGGUCACGUCGAGGGCGUCGCGGUUACAGAGGCGACAUGCCCGUCUCGCUAAUCAGGAACUGAUGCAGACUGCUAGCCAGAACGUUUCUAGGUCCAACCUGUUGGACGAUCUGCAAAGCAACGCCAGCAGUUGUCCCAGCACGUUCAGCGAUACAGAUCCGGUGGCGGACGGAGGACAGCAGAAUAGGCAGUUCAACGAUUGUCAUGAGAGCGGGAAGGUUAUUGCAGACGAAAUCCUAAAACAGCCCCGCAUCCUGCGCAGCACUAUUAUCGACGAUCAGUCGAUCAAAGAAUCGGCUACCGAUUGCAACCAGAACGGCGUUACCGAAUUGCCGGGCGUCGACGACGCCCUCAUCACAAAACUUCCGGACGAUGUACCGGCGGUUGCGUCGGUUGAAGCUAACGCGAAAACCGGGGGCAGGGCGCCGCGACGUGCGCACAAGAAAACACGACGACGGCGUGCGCAUCACCGGAUCGCCGUGAUCGAGGACUGCCACAGCCACGGCGAAACCAAGAACGACAUCUACGACUUCAAUGAGGACGAUGCGUCCACCGAUUCUCUGAUACUGCGUAAGGACAGGGCGAAAGUGACUGCGCCCGAUCACAGCAGGGAUGUUAGUGUUUGUAGUGACAAUGAUUACCGUGAUACUAGUAAUAACAGAGACAGUAGUGCACAGACGGCGACGGCGAUCGAGACGACGCCGUCGCCACCGUCUAAGAGAGCGAAGACUGAGGGUACGCCGACGCCUAUUGUCGACCAAUGGACCGUAAAAAAGAGCGUAGAGCCAACGGCGACGCGGGACGUUGCCAAUCGCACGCCGGAAAAGUGCGGCGGCUUGAAGCUCACGCUGCGCAUGAAACGCAGCCCGGUCCUCGACGAGGUGAUCGAGCACGGCAACAGCCUGGGCGACGAGUGCUACGCACCGGAGUACGAGGUUCUCAGGGUCGAAGGUGUGGACGACGUGACGCGCACGCCGUUCUCUCACCGCAAGAAGCGGCACAAAUCGAAGGACAGGAAGAGGGAUCGUAAGGCGAAGGAGGCGGAGGACGGGGCAGCGGUGCCUCGACUGCCGAUGAAACGGCUGCGACUGAUCUUCGGCAAUGAGAGCCACACGAUCGACAUACCGUCCAGCAGCGGGACCGGCGCCGACGUCGACCGUCGCAUUUGAUCCCGUACACACAGCACGAUGCAAUAUUGCGCAGUGGCCGACAUCGGCCGAUUGUUGGGCGUGGCGUUUCCGGUGCUGAGGCACGGUCGCGUGCCCAUCGGCACCUUCGUCUUCGGGGGUUGUCACUAGUCAGGGUUCAGGGCGGCGUUUUGACGAUGUCAGUCUUGCUAUGGUACACAAUGUAGUUGUGUUAUUGAAUAACACCACGGGAUUGAUUUUACACAACUUUUUGUUGCAACGUUAACUUAUUCUAGGAAAGAACUGAUUUCUGUAUUUAUGGCACAAAAUUAAUUUAACAAAAUUAAAUUGGUAAAAAAAUAUUAUGCAAGUUACAUAAUUUUAAAUUGUUUUAAAUCCAUUUAUCCUGAAACCUUAUAAUAAAAAUAAUCAAGUUUAAAACAAAAUGUUAAAUAUUCACUAUGAAAUAACUCUAAUAAAAAUAAGUAAAUUUGUAUAAUCAUUUUUUAAUUUUUACAUACUACACCUUUAAUGAAUUAUGAAAAAAUUGUUUUUGUGCUUAAAAUAUGCCAAAAAAUUAUCAAAUUUUAAAAAAUUUAAAUUAUGAUCUUUAAACAACUUUUAUAAAUUUAAAAUGUGUAAUAAUUAUUUAUUUAAUUAUUGUAAAAUUUACAAUAAAAUCUUAAAUAUUUUAUUUGUUAAUGUACAUUUCCAACAACAAUUUGCAUAUGUUGAUUUACGUCACUUCAGCAGCUAAUUGCAUUUAAAAAUUUCUAAUAAGGAUUGACAUUGUUAAAAUAACACGUCCCCAGCAAAAUUGUCUUAGUAAAUCGUCUUUCAUUAUUUAUUAAAUGAUAUACCAAAGUCUUGAUAUUUAUUUAACAGCUUCACAGAUACGUAUUGUAUUAAUUUAAAUUAAGAUUCGAUAACCAAUCACUACCAGUUUUAUCAUGACACCAAUCUGUGACUUUAGUUUAUUUCUACCAUUCGUGAUUUAUAUUUAAUAUUAAAGUGUGGUUGAAGGAAGAACGUUUGCCACAUAUCCAACAUUAAACAUACAAACUGCCAUUAUUUAUUUAUAAAUUUAGCAUACUUGUACAUAUCAAGAGUUUAUUUAUUUACAUUUUAGUGGCCCAGAUAAACAAUAUUACUUCCUUAAUAUUUAUGGUAUGCAUAAAUUAAAGCAGCAGAUGACCUUAAUCUUAACAUUUUCAUGUGAUUUUACAAGAACCCUUGAAAUCCAGCAUCACAUUUCAAAAAUUGUGAUUUAUUUUAUUAUGAAUGUGUAAAUGAAUGUAAACUGUGCAAUGUUGUGUUAGAUCAUUUUUAACAUUUGUAUAGAUAAUUUGUGAGAAUGAUUUAGUACUAGACAUUAUUUAUUUAAGGAUCCUUUGUACUAUAGUUAAACCAAUUUUUUUUUAAUUUAUAUUUACAUUCAGUUUUAGCAUCAAUGUAUUAUUUUUGUAUUUAUUCAGUUUUCAUUAUUGACCUCAGAAUCUUUGGCUAGUUGUUGAUCAAGAUAAUGGUACACUUAAUGUCAUAACAUUUCAUCUUUUCAAAGUAAUUUACAAUUGAUAUUUUUCUAUUUAUACCCAAGGUUUUUGGUGGUAGGGACAUAUCGACGGUAAUUUUUAACUAUUGUGAAUGUGUAGCUCUAUGUAUACUAUAUGAGCUUAAAUUUCUAUCAAAGUCCAUGUUCACAUAAUGUUACAUUUAAGACUUGUCAUUUUUAAACAUCAUCCCAUUUCUAUUUUACGUGUAAACCAAUUGCUGUAAACUUAAUAGUCAACAUUAACUAGAUGUGAGUAAUCGUUCGUUCAAAUAUUAUUUUUAUGUUAUGAAUCUCAUUUAUUGUUUACUUUAGCCCGGUUCAUCAAUUCCUUUAAACACCAGUAUUAAAGAAAUACUAAUAAAAGUAUACUGCCAAUAAAUUUAUAAGUAAUAUAUAUAUUUUUUUUUAAUUUGCAAUAUGUCGAAUAUAUUUUGUGUUUAUUUCAGAUGUUAAUACUAUAACUAAUUUUUUUUACACUUCAAGCAUAUUGAUAUAAUUGAAAUUUAUUUUGUGUAUUUCUUGAAUUCAACAAAUUAGCAAUUAGAAAUUUCUUGUUGAACUUUGCUGUUGAAUUUUAUAUUGUAAAAGUAUUGAAAUAUGCUAAAUGUAAAAAUUACUUGUAAAUGAUACUGUAAAUAUAUGUAUAAUGUCUACGGCGAUAUUCGUUUAGUUGAUUCUUACCUCAUGUAUCUGUAUAUAUUGAUUUAAAUUUAAAAAUAAAAUAAUCAACUUUGAUUCUGAUUCCAAACAGAUUGUUCCUAGCUGUUAUUCUUGUACUAAACGGCUUUUCUGUAUAUUUCGGCAGAUUCACAAUAAAUUUUUUAUUUCAACAUAA